AUGGCGUCAAGCGAACCCCCCAGGUUCGAUGAUUCCGAGGACGAGGAAGACUUUAACCCAGCGCCGGCAGAUCUGUCUGAUGAUGAGCCUGCGCAUAAUGACACAAGUCCACCUUCGAAAUCAAAUUCCAGGCGCCGCGACUACGCAGAAGCCGACGAUGGCGAUGACAAUGACGAAAUUGGCAACAAGGUGACAGGAAAAACUCGUCCAGCUCCUGAUGAGGACGAUGACCAGAGCGACGGGGAUGGCGAACAAGACAGAGUCCAAGAUGAGGAGGAUGAAGAGGAGGAGGAUGAAGAGGAUGAUGAGGACGAAGAUAUUCAGCAGGGUCAUCGGAGGAAACGACGUCGAGAUAGACGGAACGCAUUUUUCGAUAUCGAAGCUGAAGUGGACGACGAGGACGAAGGAGAAGAUGAGGAGAAGGAUGGUGAAGAAAUUGGAGACUUCAUCGACAAUGAACAUCCCGACGACAUUGCUGAGAGCGCACGACUUGACGAUGAUCGAAGACAUCGCGAGUUAGACCGGCGUCGCGAAAUGGAAGCCAGCUUGGACGCCGAGAAACAGGCAGAGAUACUUCGCCAGCGAUACGGAAAUAGGCGUCCAGCCAGAGGUUUCGGGGAUUCUGCAGUUGUACCGAAACGCCUCCUGCUUCCUAGCGUUGACGACCCGAGCAUUUGGGCUGUCAGGUGCAAAGAAGGCAAGGAGCGGGAGGUUGUCCUCUCUAUAAUGAAGCGCAUAGAAGAACGGAUCGGAACCAAGGACGAGCUAGCUAUCACCGCUGCUUUUGAAAGAGGCGGUGCACAAUCUGUCAUGAAGGGAUUCAUUUAUGUCGAAGCACAGCGCCAGACGGAUAUUCUUGUCGCAUUGGAUGGCAUGUUGAACGUUUACCCUCGCUCAAAAAUGACGCUGGUAGACAUCAAGGAUAUGCCAGAACUCUUACGAGUUACCAAAACGCCAACACUGGAACCUGGAGCGUGGGUACGACUCCGUCGCCCAGCAAAGCAUAGUGGAGAUCUGGCUCAAGUUCUCGACGUGACGGAGAACGGCUUAGAAGCAAGAGUGCGCUUUAUUCCUCGAUUGGACUACGGCAUGCGAGAUGAGGCACUUUCCAGUUUGUCAUCGGAUGGCAAACGCAAGAGACCAGGUGCUGCCGGUCCCCGACCACCCCAGAGACUCUUUAGUGAAAUUGAGGCUCGCAAGCGACAUCCACGAUUCAUUCAGGGUAAUCCAACCACAAACACAUGGUCGUACAUGGGGGACGAAUUUGAGAACGGCUUCCAGGUGAAAGACGUCAAGAUUCAACAGCUUGUUGUGACGGACGUGAAUCCAUCCUUGGAGGAAGUAACAAGGUUUGCAUCUGGGGCGGAGGACGGCACGGAGAAUCUGGAUCUUAAGGCACUUGCUGCCAGCUUGAAGGACAGCAACACCCUCGUGACGUACCUUCCUGGCGACAUCAUUGAGGUAUACUCUGGUGAACAAAGAGGUGUAGUUGGCAAAGCUACAAAUGUCCAGGGCGACAUUGUCACCAUGUCUGUCACAGAAGGUGACCUUGAGGGACAAACAAUCGAAGUGCCGAUCAAGGGUUUACGGAAACGUUUCAAGAUUGGUGAUCAUGUCAAGGUCAUCGGUGGUAGCAAGUUCCGCGACGAAGUGGGAACCGUAGUCAAAAUCUCUGAGGAUCGGGUCACUCUAUUGACGGACCAGACUAACACUGAGGUAACCGUUUUUAGCAAGGAUUUACGGGAAGCCAGUGACAUUGGAGGCCAAGGAUCACUUGGCCAAUUUUCACUUCAUGACCUAGUCCAGCUAGAUCCAACGACAGUUGGGUGUAUUGUCAAGAUCGACCGAGAAUCGUUGGUCGUGUUGGACCAGUACGGCGAUACAAGACAGGUGAUGCCAUCUCAGAUCUCUAACAAACUCCCAAAGCGAAAGCAGGCUGUCGCGGCCGAUCGUGAGGGGUCAGAGAUCCGGCUUGAUGACGUUGUUAAGGAGUUUACUGGGCAACACAGGCAGGGCAAGAUUAUUCACAUCCACCGAUCCUAUGUUUUCUUGCACACAAACGACAGCAAUGAAAAUGCUGGUGUUUUCGUGACGAAGGCUAGCAUGGUCAAUACUGUCGCCGCAAAAGGUGGCCGUGUCAAUGCGGCAACAUCAGGCCCAGACCUUAGCACGAUGAAUCCUGCCUUGAAGAUACAUAAGAAUGGCGGAGAAAAUAAGGCGGCCCAGCCUGCGAAAAUGUUUGGCCGGGAUCGUGCCAUCAACCAAACGGCCAUCAUCAAGAAAGGCCCUUACAAGGGUCUCUUGGGAAUUGUCAAGGAUACCACUGACACUCAUGCUCGUGUGGAGCUGCAUACCAAGGGCAAGACGAUCACGGUGCCCCGUGAUUCACUGAGUUUUAAAGACAAAACCACUGGUGCUACCAUUGAUAUCAACGGUAGAGGACGAGGCGCUCCUGGGGGCGGUGGAUUUGGGCGAGGUGGUCCGGAAAGGGUGCCUGGUUGGCAGGGAGGGUCGCGAACGCCAAUGGGGGCUGGCGGUUCUGACCGUGUUCCGGCUUGGGGAUCACGCACACCUGCAGCUGGCGGCCGAACUCCAGCUUGGAAGGCACAGGAUUAUUCAGGCUCGCGGACUCCGGCUUGGGCCGAUGGGUCUAGAACCGUCAACCCUUACGAUGGCAGCCGUACGGCAUACGGGUCAGGCUCACGCACACCAGCUUGGCAAUCCGGUGCCCGGACUCCCGCCGCCGGCGAUGCCUUUGGUGCCGGUUCGCGAACACCCGCCUACGCUGGAUCCGGUGCCGAUAGUUGGGCGUCUGGAUCGAAGACUCCGGCAUGGGGUGCUUCAGCCCCUACUCCCGGGGCUACCGGCAAUGAUUCUUGGGGCUAUACUCCUGGAGCAACUGCUGGGGGAUAUGAUGCACCGACCCCGGGUGCAGCCAUUGGUGCCCCGACCCCUGGGGCAAUGAAUGCUCCAACUCCUGGUGCAUAUUCCGCUCCGACUCCUGCAGCUAGCGCACCAACCCCAGGAGCAGGUUGGCAGGGCGGUUGGGGCCCGGACUCUGCUCCGACUCCUGCCGCCGCCGCACCUACACCAGGUGCCAGCGGAUAUUACGGAGCACCGACUCCAGCCGCUUAUGGUGGUGCUCCAGAAACCCCAGCUGCUAGCGGGCCGAGGUAUACAGAUGAUGAUUAA